AUGAGAAAAUUAAAAUUGAAAGACAGACCAAAGCUUGUUGGGAUCAAGAAGAAAAUCGAAAGACGUGAAGCUACCAGAGAAAGGAAAGCGGAAGCAGCAGCACGAUUGGAAAAGGCAAUCGAGAAAGAGUUGAUAAGCCGUCUGAAAAGUAAAGCAUAUGGUGAUACACCAUUGAAUGUCAACGAGGAUGUUUGGAGAUCCGUUCUAGAAGGUGACAAAUUAGAAGCGGAGGAUGAUGUAACCGAGGAAAGUGAAGUGGAGGACUUGGAGACGCGCGAGUUUGUUGAAGAUGAUAGUGAAGUCGAAUUAGAAGAUUUGGAAGAAAUAAUUGAGGAAGAGGAAAAGAGAGACAAUGAGAAAGAGGAAAUCGAAUCAAGUGACUAUGAUUCAAAUGAACAGGAGAUUGAAGGAGAAAUUGAAGAAGGGAUCGAAGAACAACGUGCAAUCAAAAGAAAAGAUGCGGAGACCAAAGAUUUACGACAAGGCAAGAAGAAACGUGCAUAUGUUGAAGUCGAAUACGAGCAAGAACACGAACCGCCAGCGUCAAAGUUACCUGCUUGGUAG